AUGUCUGGCGCGCUUGUUCGAGCAGGCGCACGUAAUGGCGAGAUAACAGGACAGACAUCAGCUCUUGCACCCUCAUACCUCCAAGCUAAUCUUAUCGUUCUACCUUCGUGCUACGCUGAUGACUUCGAGCAACUCUGCAAAAGAAAUCCGGUACCAUGCCCUCUCAUCGCCAAAUCCGCCAGCAUAGGAUCAUACAAUACCCUCGACUCAUGGAUUGAGGGAGUGGCAGGUGAAGACUUGGCUGCGGAUGUCGAUAUUCGAAUCGACAUUCCAAAAUACAUGGUCUACGAAAACGGCGAGCUUUUGCACGAUCAUGUUGAUGAUAUAAAGGCACACUGGACAGAGGAUCACGUAGCAUUCUUAAUUGGAUGCUCCUACAGUUUCGAAGGAGCUCUCAUAGACGGCGGACUAAUGCCUCAACAUAUCCGACAGCGUCGAAAUGUGCCGAUGUACAAGACUAAUAUAAUGCUCUGCCCGGCUGGAGUUUUGAUCAGGGUACAUAUGUGGUAUCUAUGCGACCCUAUAAGAAGGAUGAUAUCGAGAAAGUUAGGAACAUAACAAGACCGUAUCUGGCCACUCAUGGAGAACCGAUUGCCUGGGGAUGGGAUGCUGUCGAGAAAUUAGGAAUUCAGGACAUUGCUAAACCAGACUGGGGCGAUAUCUCCAUGGAUGACGAUGGGUACCCUCUGGUGUUGGUGGGAGGACGUGAAGAUGAAAUUGUUCCUGUAUUUUGGGGAUGUGGUGUCACUCCGCAGCACGCUGUCGUGAGCGCUGGCUUGGAGGGAAUUGUUAUGGGUCAUGCACCGGGACACAUGCUGGUUCUGGAUUGUCGAGAUGGUGAUCUUGUUAAGAAGUGA